AUGGUUUCCAACUACGGCUGCUAUUACAACUAAUCUACAAAUUAUGGGUGUGACAAGUAUAACACAGGAGUUCCUCUGCCCAAUCGCCCCGGUGCGCAUGUUCAAGGCUUUGAUCAUAGACUCAAAAAAUCUGAUACCAAAGCUGUUGCCCCAGUUCAUCGCAAGCGUCGAUGUAACACAGGGAGAUGGAGGAGCAGGAAGCAUUGAACAAGUCAAUUUCACGGAAGGUAGCCAUUUCAGAUACGUGAAGCACCGGAUUGACGAACUUGACGUAGAGAAUUUUGUGUGCAAGUACACUAUGAUUGAAGGGGAUGCAUUAGGUGAGAAGCUUGAGUCUAUUGCUUAUGAGGUGAAGUUUGAGGCAGCUAGUGAUGGGAGCUCAAUCUGCAAGAUGACAAGUAAAUACAACACCAUUGGGGAGUUUGAGGUCAAGGAAGAGGAAAUCAUAGCAGGCAAGAACAGUGCUAUCGGGAUAUACAAAGUUGUGGAAGCCUACCUCUUGGAGAACCCAAAUGUUUAUUCUUGAGGUCAUGGAGUCCUAUAUAUACGUGGGAACAAACCAUAAAUGGUAUUGCUGCAAUUUAAUUGUUUAGGAUUCUUGUGAACCCUCCAACAAGGGUUGACAUCAUGGUUAAUAAAACAAGAAUAUUGUUUGGAUUUACUUGAACGUAUUGUAAGAGAUCGAAGGAUCUGCUGGUCUUCCCCAAUUACCAAAUUAACAUUCAGAUGCUUUGGAUAUGUUCCAAAUAUA